AGAUAUCUCGAGAUGGGUAUUCUCAUUCCAGCUACGCUCGGAACGUGUUCGUACGUUCCGAUAAGUGAUCUCUACGUCUAUUAUAACAGUUGACAAGUCGUAUUAUAAUCGACAUGCCGCCCAAGACUAGCGGAAAGGCCGCCAAGAAGUCUGGCAAAGCCCAGAAGAACAUCUCCAAGACCGACAAGAAGAAGAAGAAGCACAAGAGGAAGGAGAGUUACGCCAUCUACAUCUACAAGGUCCUCAAGCAGGUCCACCCCGACACCGGUAUCUCCAGUAAGGCCAUGUCUAUCAUGAACUCGUUCGUGAACGACAUCUUCGAGCGUAUCGCCGCCGAGGCGUCCCGCCUCGCUCACUACAACAAGAGGUCCACCAUCACCUCGAGGGAGGUCCAGACUUCGGUGCGUCUCCUGCUACCCGGCGAGCUCGCCAAGCACGCCGUCAGUGAAGGAACCAAGGCCGUCACCAAGUACACCAGCUCCAAGUGAGCGGUCGAUUAGGUGAAGGAUCGUCCGUCGCCGCCGAGUCGUGUCAUCGUCCGAUGUGCUACAGUGCGGUUCAGUGUGAUAUGUGUAUAUCGAAUGUGUACCUAAUGUGUUGUUUGUGAGUGCGGCGUGCGUGCGUGCGUGUCGUUGUGAGUUCUCGUUCUGCUGCUGCAGACGAAACGAACACGACGCGUCGCCGCCCGCCGCCGCAGCACGCGUUUAUGUACAUAUUUGAGAUAUAUCAUUGAUACCUGGACGCCCGUGCGUACGCUCAUGUAGACACCCCGACAAGUCGGUGCGAACAUCAUGAUCAAACAAAAGGCCCUUUUCAGGGCCACAAAUCUAUUCAUGUGAAACUAUUUGUAUAUUCACGUUUCUUUGGUUUUGACGUCUCCUCUACAUAAUAUCGACUACAAUAAAUAAAUAGGAUGCAAAUUGAAGCUCGAAACUGAUACAAUAACAAGUUGAUGAUAGUACACACGAUUUAUAUGAAAAUGAAAAUAAUAUCACAAA